AUGCUGACCGACCGUAGGAAACACGAGAAGACCCACUCGCGUCCGUACAAAUGUGCCGAACCCACCUGCAAAUACCACGAACUGGGCUUCCCGACCGAGAAGGAGACCGAGCGCCACUACAACGACAAGCACUGCAACACUCCCAUGAUGUACAAGUGCUUGUUUCCGUCCUGCUCCUACCAGUCCAAGCGACAGAGCAACUGCAAGCAGCACAUGGAGAAGACCCACAAGUGGACGUAUGUUCGAUCCAAGAACAAUGGUCGCAUUACCAAGCGUACCACUCCCCAGCGAGGAUCCUCUCGGGCUUCGUCGCAGGGCCACGAGAUUUCCACCCCGGCGGUCAAGCAGGUGCCUGAGCUCUCUACUCCCACCAGCGGUACCAGCUCCUCGCCCGAGCAGAUGGCCGCGUACCCACAGCACAUGUCCUUCUCGUUCGCAGAUCCCUCCAUGGCCGCGAAGACCGAGGAUUUCCAACUCUUUUCGAAUGGCAGUUCCCUUGGAGGAGCAUCCCCUCCGUGUGAGUUCAACGACUACAGGACGCUGCCGUCUGCCUCAACCAGCUACGACAUGGGCCAGGCUCAGAUGAACGGCGUUGCGACUCCCAACUCUGGGUCGGCAGAGUUCCUCACGCCCGCCACAGGAACCACCCACUCCCCGUACGAGCCUGUCAGCGCAUAUCCUGAGAACUCGAUGUUCGCCUUUGCCGAUCCCUUCGCCCAGGCCAAGCCUGACGAUAGUCUCUUGUUUAUGAACGGCGGAGCAUUUGGCGGUGAACUUCCGAGUAUGUUUGAGGACCCGUUGGCUUGUUUCCCGGACCCUGCCACUUACGAGCCUGCAACCAUGGACUUCGAGGGUCUCCCGUCGCAACUGGAGCCGGAUUCGAAUGUCAUGUACAACAUGGAUCCGUGGGAAGAUUUCUUUAACCGGACUGACCACACCAUGUAA